UUUACAAAUCAAGGCCAUUUUGCUAUAGCUUUAGUUAAUAAAACAAUGAGUUAUCAAGAGGAUGUGGCAAACUGUGCUGCCCCUCCCUGUACUUCUUUCCUUGUGGGCAGGAACAUUACGUGCACAGUAACCUGGAGAACCAGACAGGACAACAGGGCAAAACCAAACAGAAAAUUAUACUGGAAUGGUGAGCAAGUAUGAGAGACCUAUCAAAGAAAAGAAGGUAAACUGAUGACAGGUUUUGAUUUUAAAGCCUGAAGGAACCACAAUUUUGAAAUAUACUUUCCAAAAAUUCAUCAUGGUAACUCUGAACAUCAAAGCCGUUACCGCACCGGUCGGAAUUGUCCGGAUUUUCGAAUUUGUGCUGACCUGCAUCACUUUCAGUCUGGUGGCUUCUCAGGGCCACACAACUUUUUCAUUUUGGGCAUGGUGCAUGUUCACCUGGUGCUUCUGCUGUUUCAUGACCCUUCUCAUCAUUACUCUGGAGUUCACCAGCCUCAAUACCAAGGUGCCCAUCUCCUGGGAUGACUUCACUGCGGCGUUUGCGAUGCUGGCCACCUUGAUGGUGCUGGCGGCCUCUGUCAUCUACCCCAAGUUUUUUGUGUGCUCGACGUGCGCUCGUGGGAUUGUGGCUACGGUGAUGUCCUGUUUGUCUUUUAUCCUGUACGCAGUGGAAGUAGGUCUUACCCGAGCGAAACCCGGGGAGAUCAGCGGGUUCCUGUCCACUGUGCCCGGCUUACUAAAGGUUGUGGAGGCCUUUGUUUCCUGUAUCAUCUUCAUCUCGCUGGAACCAAACUUUUACGGUUAUUUUCCUGGGUUGCAGUGGUGUGUGGCCGUCUACUCCAUCUGCUUCAUCGUCUCUCUUCUCAUCAUCCUCCUGACAAUCUGUAGGUUGUUGGCUCGAUGCCCCUUUCCAUUUAAUAAAUGUCUGACGGGUUACAAUGUGCUGGCGGUCAUGAUGUACAUGACGGCAAUGGUUAUAUGGCCACUCUACAGCUUCCGGAACAAUCCGAGACCACCGGAAUGUAACCCCUGCUACAGGGACAACCUGGUUGUUGUUUCAGUAAUGACCUGCAUCAAUCUGAUUGUAUAUAUUGUGGAUACAGUUUACUCAGUGCGGUUGAUCUUCUUUGUUUCACCUGCCUAGGAAAAGGACAAACCAUAUUAACCAACGUAUGGCAUCAGGCAAGAAGUAAAGUUUUAAUGUGGAGUUUUGUUUCAGUGAUAGAAUUAAUUCAAUUAAUACAAGAUUUUUAAUUAAUAAAAGAAUAUUACGAAUUUCAUAUUAAUGCAUUUAAAAUACUGGCUUAAACAAAUGUAGGGUUAAUUGUAACACGGCGCAGAAAAACUGAGGUCAGAUAAAUAUAGUUUAGCGUAAUAUGAAGUUUCAGUUUUAAAACACACAAAUUACGAUUAACAGUACAAUGUUGCAAAACUUGUUUUCUUACGCUUGCAACUUUACAAAACUGUUUUUACUAAUGCAAAUUUAUUUUACACCCCCACCAAUGUUAUCUUUCGCAUACAAAUUUUUUUGCCUUCAUUUUACCUUCAUAUAUAGUCCCACACAAGCUGUGGAUAGCCUGCUAACGUAAAGCCUGAUUUGUUUAAAGGAUCCAAUGUUUGGGUCACCAUUGAGCUUAG